ACGGCGGAUUUUCUGCUUUGCUUUUGCUAUACAAUCAGUAGUUUUUUAUUUUAUUAGAAGGUUGAAAUAAAACUUUGCAAAUAAUAGGUCUUAACAUAUUAAGAGGAAGUUUUAAAAAUGGAGUCGAAGUUACCAAAGCCUUCGGGAAUAAAACGUCCAACAGCGCUUACGAGAAAUAUUUUACCUAUGGACCGAAUAAAAACAGCAACGCUUGGUUUGCGUUCAAAAUCGGCGAAUUUGUCUAUAUGUGCGUUGGAUAAUUUUCAGCCUCUUUCUCGCGAUCUUACUAAUUUACCAAGUGGUUUUCAACGCAGAGAACGUGCAGGAUCCCCAGAUAUAGGCCGCCAGAACGACACAAAUAGUAAUGGUGUUUCUCGUUCAAAAUUACGACGCAGCCGAUCUGCUUGUGAUAUUCGAGAUAUGCGACCUAUGAAGCGUCCUGAAUUAACUCUUGCACCAAUUCCAGCCAAGACAACGCGCUUUGCUACUGCAGGCGUGACUAAUAAUUCGGCAGUAUCAACACAACCAUUUUCUUCAAACAGUACAGUUUCCAAACCACCACGAAUAGGACAUGUUGCAGUUUCCUCUACUUCAACUGCAAAAAAAGGAUACCCUACAAAAUCUCAAAAUACAGCAAAUGUAGGGAACAAUGGUCCUGGACGCGUUCCCAGCACAAGUACAAAAAUGUCAGCAACAGUAACUAAGAAAGGUAUGGGUUCGAGUACAUCUACAUCUGUUUCAACUACUGGAGCUGGAAAACCUAUUAAUAAACGCAUACCGCCUUACGAUUUUAAAGCACGGUACAAUGAUUUAUUAGAAAAAUACAAAAUACUAAAGGCAAAGUUUGAAGAAAAGUGUGAGCAAAUGGGUGCAAUGGAAGGUGUGCCUGAACAGCUAGAGGAGUCACAAGAUCAGUUAUUCAAAACAAAAGAGGAGUUAAAAAAUAUCUGUACCGAGAGGGAUUGUUUAAGCCAACAAAUUAAGUCAUUAAAUUUGAAAAUAGAUUCCAUUUCGGCAUUAUGCGUGAAGACGAAAGAUGAAUUGGACUUUAUAACAGAGGAACACAAUAUCUUGAAAGAAGCACACGGGACCCUUACUAAUGAAGUACUUGAGCUACGAGAACGAUCAAUACGCUUAACAGAAGAAAACGUUUUACUACAGGAAGAUUUAACUGCUUGUAAGGAACAAUUGUUUCGUGCCAAUUUAGAACGAAAGGAAUUGCAUAACACAAUUAUGGAUUUGCGUGGAAAUAUACGGGUUUUCUGUCGUGUUAGACCACCGUUGGACUUUGAACAAGAAAAAUUACUUUGUGGAUGGAACUACGUAGAUGAGUCCACAGUGGAAAUUCAGAACUUUGAGAACAAGAAUAAAAGUGGAGCACAUACUUUUUCAUUCGAUCAUGUAUUUCAUCCUAAUUCAAAACAGGAGGAUAUUUUUGAAAUGGUAUCACCUUUAAUACAAUCGGCAUUAGAUGGCUACAAUAUUUGUAUAUUUGCCUAUGGACAAACAGGUAGUGGGAAAACAUAUACGAUGGAUGGUAUACCAACCAAUGUGGGUGUAAUACCGAGGACCGUAGAUUUGCUUUUCGACUCUAUUAAGAACUACAAACGCCUUGGAUGGGAAUAUGAGAUACGCGUUACAUUUCUGGAAAUCUACAACGAAGUGCUCUAUGAUCUACUGAGCAAUGAACAAAAAGAUAUGGAAAUACGCAUGGCUAAACAUAAUAAGAAUGACAUAUAUGUUUCAAACAUAACGCAAGAGACGGUUACAUCAGCGUCACGCUUGCGGGACCUUAUGCAUGUGGCUAAAAUGAAUCGAGCUACGGCUUCAACUGCGGGAAAUGAGCGAUCAUCGAGAUCACAUGCAGUUACUAAAAUUGAACUUAUCGGCUUUCACGCUGAGAAAAAUGAAACAUCUGUCGGUACAAUCAAUCUCGUUGACCUGGCCGGUUCUGAGUCGCCCAAAACAAGUACACGCAUGAACGAAACGAAAAACAUUAAUCGAUCCCUUUCUGAACUUACUAAUGUUAUCUUAGCAUUGUUACAGAAACAAGACCAUAUACCAUAUCGUAAUUCAAAGCUAACACAUUUGUUAAUGCCAUCAUUAGGAGGAAACUCGAAAACAUUAAUGUUUAUAAAUGUGGCACCAUUUCUAGACUGCUUUGUUGAGUCGGUUAAGUCCUUGCGUUUCGCAGCAUCCGUUAAUUCAUGUAAAAUGACGAAAGCAAAACGCAACAGAUUUUUAAAUACGUCUAGCAAUAAUUCACUCUAAAAUUAGUGCCAAUGUUAUAUUUAUUAAGCAUUCUUUUAUCUUUGUACAAAUUUUCGUUGCCUGCUUGUAUUUUUUGUGCUUUUCCAGAAAUCACUAACUCCUCGUAUUAGUUUUGUACUUUGCGUUAUUAUUUUUUAAUAAACACAUAGCUCACAUAAAAUCUAGUGAACUACUUUUUAUAUGCACAUUUUUGCUAUUGCUAUUUCUUUUUGAGUUUAAAGCAAAAUCAUGUGACAGUCAUCACUAGAGAUGGUAUGGAACUUUUCUUUAAUAUGCUGUUUUUAACCUUCAAUCGGGCGCGCGUAACCGAAAAGACAUUUGGGAUGUAUAUAGAUAUAUUAUCAUUGUCCUUAAAGUCUAUUUUGUCAAAAAAAGUAAUUAAAAUUAUUAAAAAUGUAAUUGGUAAUAAUACCGCGCCCGCUUGAAGGUUAAUACACCUUGUAAUAUUUUUUAUUCAAAUAUUUGAAUUUUAAUUUGAUAUAAAUUAAAUGUUUAUAAAUGCAUCCAAACACUAUACUGGAUUUCUCACAAAUGCAUGUAAAUGAAGUUCUGCAAAUCUUCGCAACAAACAUAAGGAGUUUUAAAGAUAAAAUACUCUGAAGUUUGUUGUUUGUUCCGGGUCGAAGUUUGUAAAAGUAUUGGAUUAAGAGAUUGCUGAUUGAAAAUUCUAAUAAGAAAAUAUCAACAAACAAUGACUUGCUGGCCAUGUAACCCUUUUCCAAUUUUUUCCAGAGAAAUAAAGAUUAAUGCCAAUUACUUAAAGCACCGUGUGUUCUCGAUUUCACUCGGUUUCAAUUACAACUACAUAAAAGUUAGGUGUUUUGUUUUUAGAUUACGAUGGUAUCAAGGCAUACUUUUAAAUAACCGUUCCCACGAUAGUCGAGUCAAGUAAUGGGGACGAUCACGGAUUUUAUCCGGCAAAGAACUAUCAGCUCGGCACCAUUCCUCGAAAUUACUUCAAAAAUGUUUUCAUAAAUUAAAUAAGGAAUCGGGAAAUUUUAAUUUUCUCCUUUAUUGUAAGAGAUCGUUAAUAAAGUGCACUAGUACUACAUGCCUAAAAAAGAAUUUGUUUGCAUAUAUGUCUCCACUGAUUUUUAUUGCUAUUAAUUAUUUUAUUUUUGGUGAAGCUCAAGAAACUCUCUAAAAACUUGCUAUCGAUAAGUAAUUUUGCUUGUCUAGCAGUUAGCUAACA